AUGGCUGCCUCCGUUGCGCCACCCAGCCUGCUCGCCGUCUCCUUGCACACUCUCCAGCAUGAUUUGGCCUCGAAUAUCCCAGAAAUACAAUCCUGUCCCGGCGAGCCAGCGGGCACCUUACAACAUGCUGUGACAAAGUUGACGGACGGAGAGCUGCCACUCGACGAGGACACAUGUCUUGGUCUUGAGCAUGUCAUAAACCUGGCUUAUGACAAGAUGGCUUCGUCGCCUCGCCAGUCCUCCACAUCCUGGAGAAGAUUGUACACGGACGCAUGCAUCCUUCGGUCUUUGGCAGACAUACGGUCUCUCCUUCUCACGGAGGAUGUACAAUUAGCAAGAUCGUGUAUUGCCAGGCUGGAUCAUGCGAUCGUCAUUGCAGGCGCCCCAGGAGAAUGCAGGCUGGAUUUGAUACAUAUUCUCAUCACCCAGGUCCAAUGCCGCUGCUUAGGAUUCCAAGUCGUCACGUCAUCCUCGCACAUGGUACAACCCGUCUUUAAUAGCACAAUGCCAGAGGAGCAAUUACUGCCGAUCGUUGAAUCUGCCUCCGAGUCUGUGCCUCGGCUGCAAGCUCCGCCAUCUCUGACUGCUUUCAUCUCCCAGUAUUCUCGACAUCCUUUCAUCAUACCUGCAUUCAUCUCCGACUGGCCCGCAAUGACCCAACAUCCAUGGGAGUCUCCUGCCUACUUGCGCUCGGUUUCUGGCCCAGGUCGCGUCGUGCCCAUUGAAGUCGGAAGUGACUACAGAAACGACGACUGGACACAGCAGAUGAUGUCCUGGGAUAACUUCUUGGACGCUCUCCAACCUAAUCGCUCUCAGAAGGGGCAGCCAAUUUUGUAUCUCGCCCAACAUAACCUACUGACCCAGUUCCCCCAACUCCGGGAUGAUAUCGUAGUUCCCGAUUAUGUCUACGCAUCAUUGUCGGCACCAGAUGACUACCCCCAGUAUUGUCCGCCCGGGAAUGACGACGAGCUCAUCAUUAACGCUUGGCUUGGCCCCGCUGGCGCCGUGUCCCCAGCGCACACGGAUCCCUUUUAUAACUUUUAUGCACAGGUAGUAGGUCGCAAGACCGUGUGGCUAGCCCCACCAGAUGCAUCUCCGUCCAUGUACCCUUAUCCCCCACCCUCCUCGACUGCGCAUGAUUCACCUCACAACCCCGCGGCAAACAACACCAGUCCAUCUAUGAGCAACACAUCCCAAGUGGACGUCUUCCAGUCGCGCGCGGGUGCAGAGGAGACAAGGCCGAUGUUUUGGAGCGAUGCAGUGCCCCGCGCUCUCGCAGUGACACUGGAGCCUGGGGACCUGCUGUUCUUCCCGCCGGGGUGGUGGCAUGCCAUGCGCAGCGAAGAGACGAGCUUCUCGGUAUCAAUGUGGUUCUGA